AGUGCAUAGACGAAAUGGGUUCGUUGAUCGAACGGUUUGGCGUCAAUGUUUGUCAGCCCUCCGUCCCUGUGGCUCUGAAAACAAUCAGUCAACAGAUUGGAGACCGGGACAGCGGAGUUCGAACGGCAGCGCUAAAUUCUCUGGUUUCAGCUUAUGCACUCGUGGGUGAACAGUUGUGGAAGAUCAUUGGGA